GGUGUGCGCGCGGCGGCGGCGGCUGCGGCCCGGAGCCCGGCCGCGGCGGAGCGGGAAUCCCCGCGCACUGCCCGGCCCGGGCCAUGACCCCCGCUGCUCUCUGUUGCAGGCUCGUCGCCGCGGCCCCUCGAGCCAGGCCGCCGCCUCCACCAGCUCCCGGGCGGGCCCCGCAGUGAGCCUAUCAGGAAGCGGCUGCAGAGGCACCGACAUGGGGCUUAAGCUGACCUGCCUGAAAGGCUUAAAAAUGUGUGUCAGCAGCAGCGGCAGCCACGACGAAGCCCCCGUCCUGAGCGACAAGCACCUGGAUGUACCUAACAUCAUCAUCACCCCGCCAACGCCCACGGGCAUGAUGCUGCCCAGGGACUCCCGGAGGGCAGUGUGGCUGGAUGAGACGGGGUCGUGCCCGGAGGAUGGAGAGAUAGACCCUGAGGCCUGAGGAGGAGGCGUGGGCUGGGGAUUCAUCCGCACCGGCCCCUGCUCUGGCUGCCCUUCACUCCACGCGCCCGGGAGCCUGGGACAGAUGCGCUGAGCAGCCGGAUGGGAGAACAGCGACUCUGGCACUUGACCAGAGAGGAGUGGCAAGACGCACGGGGAGUCAGCCCUGCCCGCUUCCAGAACAACGUUUCCCAGGCCCCACUAAGUGGGCCAGACUCUAACGCCUACACGUGCUUGCUGACCCCCGGGGUCACGGUGACGGCCAUUAGGGUGCCAGGGAGAGGCGUUCUUCUGGACAAACACAGACGCCCAGUGCCCUGGGCCAUGCAGAUGGCUGCCCAGGAGGUCAGCACACACAAGAACUUACAAAGGACGGGUUCCAUUUUUCACAAGUUGUCUUACAGACAGAGAAACAGUCCAAAAGUGAUUUAUAAUUUCCUUUUUGCAUUAUUAUAAAUAAAGACCCUGUGCCACGA